AUGGCCAGAUCAAGUUCUACUUCUUCCUCCUCUGAUUCUUUGACAGAACAAGAACUUCAACUUCUUAAGAGGUUAUCUAAGAAGUACGAACAGAAAGAAUCAGGACAAAAGAAAUCCAUUGAGGAACCGAGUUCAAAGAAAGACAAAUCGAAAAGUAAAACGAAAAAAUCAAAAGGGGAAGAAAAAUCGAAGGAACAGGUCUCUGGUUCUCGCAACAAAGAUAAGAGUGAGGGUCAUAAUGUUUCAAAGUUGGAUUGUGGAUCUUUGAAACUAAAGGAUGAAGAAGGUGAAGAAGAAAAAGAAAAAGAGACAGCAGUUGAGGUUGAAAUAGAGUCAGAAAAAGAGUUAGAAGAAGAAAAAGAUGAAGCAGGAACUGAAGAGAAAAAGGAUUCUGUUAAUCCUGAAGAAGAGACUGAAAAAGAAGAGGCAAAAGAAAUUAAGGAAGCCAGUGAUGCUAAUACAAAAAAGCUAGAAUUAAGUGAAGAAGAAAAAGAGACUGAGGUUGAGGCUAAUACGGAAUCAAAGUUUAUAACAGCACAAAGGAGUAGAGAGGCUAUGCUGGGCAAAAUGGAAAAAGAACUCAUUGAAGAGCAUAAUAAGGAGCUUGAUGAGGCUAUCAAACAGAGUAAUGCUGUGAUUGCACACAACCAGUCCCUCAUUAAGUCUUUAGAAAGGAUGAAAAAUUUCAAUGAGAGAAGGCUAGCUACUCUAAAGGUAAAGGGCAAGCCCUACACUCCUACCUCAGAAAAGCCUAAGAAAGUGAAGCACACUGCGGGAAAGCAUAGAGUUCAUGUAAGGAAGCCUCCUCAGCAUCCCUCUUCUAAACAUUCUGAGAGUCCAGGUGAAACUUCUCCUGCACAGAACCUCAGAAGUUCUAAGAGACUUAGAAUUGAUUCCAAACCUCUCUGA